AUGGAAAUAUUUUUAUUGACUGAAAUGUUAUUACUUGAAGAAUUAUUAUUAGAAGCUAAAUUUUAUCAUAUCCAAGAAUUGGCUGUUCAAAUCAAUAGGAUUAUUCAUAAUGUUGGAUAUCAAA